GGCGGUGUCAGGCUGGAUGCCAUGGACCCGCUGCUCCCCGCAGACACGGAGGUGAUGGAGCGAGAGGAAGACAAGGAUGCGAAGAGGAAGAUCCAGUUCUCCGUGCCUUCCUCCGUACCCACCCAGCUGGACCCGCGACAGGUGGAGAUGAUCCGACGUCGGAGGCCGACACCGGCUACACUCUUCAGAUUGACAGAUCCACCUUCACCGGACGAAGACAGCGGCCCCCAUCAGUGGGUUCUGGGGGAAAAUGGAGCCUUGAAAGCCAAACUGGUCCAUGCGUCCACCUACCAGCCACCCUCACUUAAAGCUGUCCAGAGGAUGGCCCAGGCCCACCUGGCCUCCCUAGACAGAGAGGACCCCUCCUCUGCGGAGGAAGAAGAGGAAGAUCUAAGAGGAGAAAGCAGACCGCUCAGGGAUCAAUGUACUCCGUCAGACAUUUCAACAGUAAGUGUUGAUCUCAGCCGUCACCACGGAGACGAGGAGGAGGCCAAAGAAAGAGAGGAAGGAAAGGGAGAAUGA